AUGGACUGCGAUAUUGUAACUUCAAAUCCAUCUGACUCCCCAUACUCCAAAGCAUCCACAGACUGCUCAUUCCAAACAAUGAGUUUUGAAGAUUUUUUCUCUAGCAGCAACACAUGUGAAGUAUGCAAUCAGUCCUUUGCGUGCUGCAAAGGACUUAAAGACCAUAUAAUUCAAGAAUUUAAUUUGGACAGCGGCGCAGCAGGAUUUUUGGAUCUUGAAUAUGGGGAAGACAGUUUUUCAGACUUAGAAACUAACUGUAACACUCCAGUCGACGCUACUAAAUGUUCAUUUAGCACCCCAAAUUUCCAAGCAGAAAUUUUCUGUCCUAAAUGCUCACAGGUAUGCAAAAGCCUGAAGGGAUUACAGCAACAUAAAGCAAGGGCUCAUGUACAUAGAAAGAAAAAAGUCCAAUGUGAAAAAUGCGAUAAAUGUUUCAAACAUAAGCAUGCCCUGAAAUUUCACGAACGACAGGUUCAUGAAAAAUCAACCAGAGCGGUAUGCGAGUUCUGCGGAGUGUCGAAAUAUAAUAAAUAUAUUUUGGAAAAUCACAUCAAAAAGGCCCACUCAAAUUGCUAA